AUGCUAGACUAUUCAUCGUUCGUGAUUGAUGAUUUUGAUAUCAAUGAUUACGCCAACACCAUUCUUGCUGGCGAACUGUAUCCACAGCACCAAACACAAUUCACAAAGCCCGGAAUGGGGGCAGCCUCCAAGGACGAUAUAUCGGUCACAAUAUCCAAGCUGGACUCGAGCAUCGAGAAUGUUGGAAAGCAAAUCAAAAGCCUGGUAUGUAAUUAUAUUGUCACACUGAGAUGCUUUUGA